GCAGAUCGGGCAGAGCCAGACUUGUCGAUAAGCGGGAGCUAACAAUAUCCCCGGCAACUCUAGUGUGCAGCCCCAGCCAUCGGGAUAACAACCAUGAGAUUGUCUGAGCUCUGGCAGCCACGCUAUUUUCUUUUUCAGCCACUGUGUUUUUCGACUUUCUUUCCCUUGUCAUAAUUGUAUUGGCGUUCGUUUAUCUUACUGAUAUCUAUUUCCUUCGAAUAAUUUAUGAUCUACGCAAUAGCUUUAACUGUCUUUGUUUGGUAGGUUCUCCGCCGGUCGACUUGACAGCUCUGUGCAAUCAGCUCUUGAUCGGGGGCUACUUUUGCUAACAAUGAUCGUAAUAUGCAGAUUUCAACGGCAUAGAUGCGGCUCUUAUUACCUCCAUUGUCCUUUCUGUCAUUUUCGACAUUACUACCACACUCCGCUUUAGUUGCUGCUGGUGGUCAUGGCCCCGCAUCAACGGACAAUGCUGUCCGAGAUGGGUACGAUGGGAAUAGAACCUCUUAUACCCUCCACGAAUAUGCCGUUGCUCGCAAGUUGGCGUCGAAACCGGUAAUCGGGGUUAAGAAAAUGAGCGACGACGAAGGUGAAAAGUUCUGGCCGGAAUAUUGGUACUUUGGCGACGAAGUUGAAAAUAUUGGACUGAAUGAUACGACGGGAGAACAAGACCGCUACGAAGAAGGGAAUUCGGAGUCAUAUACAUGGGCAAAUAAUUCAGAGCCCCUCCCAUACUUUCUUCCCUCUUUUCCACUCCAUUCGGACGAGCAAAUCGGUGGUGCGCCUUAUCUUAUCGGGCGUUAUGUACCAGCUCCGAGAGAUCUGCUGUCCCCAUUGGCGAAGCGCGCAUUCCAGUGUCCUGCCGGCAGUCAUAGCUGCACUUCCAUCAAUCGGCCCAGUAGCUGCUGUGGCACUGGUGAAGUUUGCCAAUUAAUACAGGACACCGGUCUUGGAGAUGUUGGCUGCUGCCCCCAGGGACAGAGCUGUUCUGGGUCGAUUACAACGUGCGGCGCGGGUUACAGCAGCUGUCCGAGCAACCCCGGAGGAGGAUGCUGUAUUCCAGGCUAUGAGUGCGUCAACAGUGGCUGUGCUUAUAUAGCCACCGUGACGGUGACAAUCCACCCGACUGUUACGAGGCCUUAUUCGACCUCCACUCCGUCACCUGUUCAAACCACGAGUUCUACGAGUCCCGCUUCUUCAGGAACGACAGGAGGACUCAUUCCUCCAGCUCGUCCCACGAGCGUGUCUACCUUCACCACGGAAGAAUCCAGCAGUACUACUACUAGCAUCACCAGCGGCUCCGUCUGCCCCACAGGGUUCUAUGCUUGCUCUGCUGUUUAUCAUGGUGGAUGCUGUCGUACCGGCCGGAACUGCGACACCACUUCUUGUCCGAUCACAUCCAGCUCGACUUUUACAUCAGACGGCCGUACCAUUGUUGUCCCUGCGGGCAGCACUACCGGCACUGCAGCAUCGAGCGGCGGCACUGGGGUAGCUCGCUGUGCAAGCGGCUGGUUCAGCUGCGCAGAUACUGCAGGCGGCGGAUGUUGCCCGACGGGCUUCGCCUGUGGAACAAGCUGUAUGGCGACGGCAGGAUCAUCUGCCACGGGCGCUGUUCCAAAGGCAGAGCCGCAGCAGCCAGUCGCUCCUAAUAGUGGAAGUCUCAUGGGCAUCGAAUCGAUAUAUCUGAAGCUCUUCUUGCUAGCUGUGUUAUGUCUUGGCAUGCUCCUCUGAGAGCGAUUCUCUUUUUGUUUAUUUAUUUCCAUUAUGAAUAUAGCAUCUGCAUGGGUCAUGAGCAUAUAGAUUAGAAAACGAAUUCAGGAAUGGACAAUGUCAUCUACCUCCUUUCGAGCAGAUAGCACAUUAGAACUCAACUCAAGUCCCACACAGGAUGCUUGGCGGAGAUCCGAAUGUAUACACCGGAGUUAAGACGAUGGCUUUUUCCCCGCAGCCGGACUUGCGUUUAUCCUGUUAGAAUAUCCACAAUGGAG